AUGUGUUUUUAUGUUUGUCAAACUCUUCUCAGAACUGGUUGCAGUUCAUCUGCAGAGCCAAUGAAAGAGUUCACCAGGGAAGUGAUGGAGUCCAGCAACUGUCCACUUUUGGACCAGAAGUCAGGACAGUGUAAGACAGGAGACAGCCUGAGGGUCAUCAUUAAGGACAGCGUUUUCACCGUGGAUAAAAGCAUGGUGGUGCAGCACUGUGACUACUUCCGAGCUCUGUUCCAGUCUGGGAUGAGGGAGUGCAGACAGGAGGAGAUCCAGCUGCGAUGCGUGGGAGUUCUGGGCUUCCUGGUUCUGCUGCAGGUUCUGCGUGGGGAGCGACCCAUGCUCAACAGUGACCAGAUUGUGGAGGCUAUCGAGUGCACAGCUUUUCUCCAGGUGCCAGCUCUCACCAAACACUUGACCAAUGUCAUCAACUCUGAAAACUGUUUGCUGAUGUACCACACCGCUGCAACCUACGGGGUGUGGGAGCUGUCCCACCACUCCGCAUUAUUCAUCAGAGACAUGUACGUUGACCUGAAGGAGGAUGUGCACACCUUACCCAGCACGUUGGUAGAAUACAUCCAAUCUCUACUCCCAAGCAGCUACUUGGCCAUUUGCAGUCACUCUCCGUCCUCAGAGCUGAUGCAGGACAUCCAGAGGACAGUCUGCUACCUGGAUGAGGACCACAGAGACUGGAGGGUUCUGACACACCUACCUGUCAGCACCAGCACCACGAUGGCAGGCGUGGCGGUCCAUGACAACAAGCUUUACAUCAUCGGAGGUGUGCAUGAUGUCAGUAAGAAGGUAGUGGAGACUGGGUUCUGUUACAACCCUGCAGUGAACUCAUGGUCCUCCAUCUGCAGGCCACAGCAGCUACGCUACAGCUUCACCCUGAUGGGCCAUGAGGAGUUCCUGUACGCUGUUGGAGGGGAAUACAACAUGAAGGUCCUCUCAUCUGUGGAGCGGUACAGACUGUGUGACGGCAGCUGGAGCUUCGUCUCAUCCCUCCCCUGCCCUGCAGCCUCUGUGGUGUCGGCUGUAGCCAUGAACAGGAUCUUUAUCUGUCUCUGGAGAGGGAAGGGGGCCACAGAUAUACAUGAGUACGUGCCUGAACAUGACCGGUGGCUUCUGGUCACUACGCUCAUCCGCCAACACAGUUAUGGCCUUUACAUGGUGGCACACAGAGAUAAUCUGUAUGUGAUGCGUAACGGACCCUGUGAUGACUUCUUGAUGUGUGUAAUGGACCGCUACAACCUGAGUUCAGGCCAGUGGACUUCUGUGUCGGGUCACUACGGUAAUACCAAAGGCUCCCUGUUCACUGCUGUGGUCAGAGGCGACUCUGUGUUCACCCUCAGCAGACAUGUGACCACAGAGUUCACGGUAGAGGACUGCAGAUGGAGACUGAAGCGUGAGAUGAAAGGUUUUGGCAGGAUUGGAUCCAUAUAUACAUUUCUAAUGAGGCUGGCUGCACCUGCUGUCUCCCAAAAGGGACACUGUCCAAAUCUGACUCAACAAGCCCUCCACAACCUCAGUGCCUGUCCCAGGUUUUCCUUACAGGGUUCUCAUAGCCUGUAGGAGCUGCGGUAGUUCUGCUGCCCACAGUCCUCUGUUAGAGCCGUAUAUGAGGACACAGAGGACUUUGACUUGUCCGGUCUCUUGCUCUGCUGAGGUGAAGUGACACAUUGGUUCACUGGUUGUGCUAAUUGGGAUUGUGGAUGAAAAAAUGACCCUCUAUAGCUGAGACUUAACAUGAACUGUGAAAGGAGGUAAGAAUGGAGGACGGGGAUCCUGACCUCUCAACAUGGGAUUUGUGUUCAAGUCCAGCCUUUACGGCUGUUUUUUACUCUCUUUAUUUUCACUGUCCUUACUCUACAACAGAGCUUCUGCAAUAUGUAACUCAUCCCCAUGGCGACAGAUCCUGGAACGGUCUGGUUACCAGCGUUACCAUGUGAUUCCCUACACAUCCAGAAGUGACGCUUUCAGAAGUUUCCGUCUGCGUUUGGCCAGGUGUCAACUCUGCUGGAUUUACAUCAAAAGAAAUGUGCUUCAGUGGGUUUAAAAUGAAGGUUAACAAAGUAGAACAAGUCAGUGAAGAUCUUCACCAUUCCCAGUACCAGCAAGCUUCCAUUUCUAAGGGUUACAGCUUAGUGUGUUUGGGCAGCAAAGACGACGCUCCAUCCCAUGAUGCAGGAGAACCAGUAGGAUCUCUGGCUGCUGGGGGUUUAAAGGGAGAAAACCACCAUCAUCUCCUGAUCUCAUCCCUACCUACUGAGAACCUGUGGAACAUCCCUAAAAGGAAGCUCUAUGAGGGUGGGGGGCCGUGGAAUUCAUCAUGCUCUGGAAAUGUUUCUGUAGAUCUGCAUCCAGAGCUUGUGUUUCUAUCGAUGCCGAGCUCACAAGUACCUGUAGUCAUCUUUCUACUGCACUCUAAAACCGGAUCGCCACAGUCUUGUUUUCAUGUUUCUGAAGAAUCACUGUUGUCUCACUCACUUCCGCUGACAGGAGGAGUAAAAUGCUAGAUGUAAUAAAUCUCAACACCAGGGAUCCUCACAGUCCGGAUCCAGCCCAACUUGUGUUUUGAACUACAAAAUGCUGUUAUCCUAUGUCCAUAAAUAAAUAAAUAGUUUAGAAUA